UUGUCUUGCAUGCCUUCUUUGUUAUAGAUUGCCCUUACCACCUUCUCAUGUCUUUGUUUAUAUAACCUCUAAAAGCAUCAGAAACGCAUCCCGUAAUAGCAAACUGAAAAGCCAUCAAAGUUUUAUCUUCUGGGGAAUCUUAGCUUUUUUUUUUUUUUUUAAUUGACGUUCACACGCCAAACCUAUUGCUCCUGAUUUUCCUGAUCUGACAGACCAUUACUAAAGCCAGAGGUAGCCGAAGAAGAAGAGGAGGAAGCAACAGCUUUGAGACGACAGAAAAUGGUGAAGGAUAGGAAAAUAGGUGUGGCCAUGGACUUCUCAAAGAGCAGCAAGCAGGCUCUGCAAUGGGCAAUAGAUAAUUUGGCCGACAAAGGAGAUACCCUUUUCAUCAUCCACAUCAACCCCAACUCUAUCGAUAAGUCUCGUCAACAGCUUUGGGCAAAAUCUGGCUCUCCUCUUAUUCCUUUGAGUGAGUUCAGAGAGCCCGAGAUUAUGAAGAAGUAUGAUGUUCGGACUGAUAUGGAAGUUCUUGACACGCUUGACACUGCAGGGAGACAGAAAGAGAUAAACAUCGUUACGAAAGUGUACUGGGGAGAUCCGAGGGAGAAGCUUGUAGAAUCUGUUGAAGAUCUGAAGCUGGAUUCUUUGGUAAUGGGAAGCAGGGGGCUUAGUACCAUACGAAGGAUUCUGGUGGGAAGCGUGAGCAACUAUGUGGUAACAAAUGCUACUUGCCCUGUCACCAUCGUCAAGGAUUCAAGCUCUGCCUAGCCUUCCUCAUUUCAGUCAUUUGGAUUUUGGUUUCAAGUGCUCUGUUAUUACCUAUAUGCCAUACGAUUUACAGUGCUCCUUUUCUAUGUUUUCCUGUCUUUUUUUUUUUUAAUCAUCAUUUCUAUGUUGUCAUGAAUUAAGUUCUGCGCUUAAUUACAGUCAGUUACGAAGUAUAAUGUCUUUUGUUUUCUUUACAAAAACAAUGCCUUUGGUAAUUGGCAUAUUUUAGGGAACUUCUUCUUCUUUGUUCUUAGAAAUAAAAGAUAAAUUUUCUUUUCCA